AUGGUUUUCCAAACUCGUAAGUCUAAUCGUUUUCGCAAUUUAAGUUCUAAAGCUAAACAAUUACAAGAACAACAACAAUCACAAGUUAUCAAGAAACCAAUUUUGAGAUCUAUCACAACUAUUGAUGAUGAUGAAAGUACUUAUAAUAAUAUAAGUUUCAAAAAAAGAAAGACUUCACCAAGUCCAACCACUAACGUUUCAAAUUUUGAUGUUUCAGAUUAUAAUAAUGAUAUUGAUGAUGAUGAUAAUAUUGAAAAUGAAUUGCAGGAAAAUUCAGAUGAUGAAAAUAUUUUCAAUUCAGAAAAUGAUGAUGAUUAUUAUAGUGCACUUUCAGAUUAUGAAUCUGAUUCAAAACCAAAAUUUCAAACAAGAAAAGCUUCAAUUAGUUUGUCAGCUAAAUUAAACAAUUCAAAUAAUCAUAAUGAUUUACAUGAUCAAUUAAGAAUUUCACAAAAUAGAAUGAUGGGGUUUGAAGAUGCAUUAUUUGAUGAAGAAGAAUCAGAAUCAUCAGAUUCAACUUCAACUCCAACUUCAACACAUUUCAAUUUUGGUUCAAAUGAUGAAUUAAAAUCAUUAGAAGAAAAUUUCCAAAAAAUCAUUAAUGAAAACAUCAGAGCUAAUCAACAAACUAAACAAGAAUUCAAAACACCAAUUGAAGUUAUUAAUGAUGAAUCUACACAAGAUAUCAAAUCUCAUGUUAAAUUUGAUGAAUUUGUUAAUUAUACUGAAGAUGAAGAAUCUGAUUUGGAUUCAAGUGAAGGUGAAUCAUCAUCCGAACAACAACAACAACAACAAAGAAAACAACCAUCCAUUUUACACUAUAGACAUGAUGAAAAGCAUAAUUUAGCUUUCCCAGAUGUUUCAACAUUCCCAGUUAGAUUUGAUCCAAUGAUGAAGAAGAAGAAUACAAAGAAUGUUAGAGCAUUAAACAGAAGAGCCAUUCUAUCUGGUAAGGCAAGUGAAAUGGUUGGUACUGGUAUCACUGCUGGUGAUUUUGGUUUAUUUUAA